AUGCGGGAGGCUGUGGUGGGGGCACUUCCGUCUGUUGAUGCAGCCUCCCUCAAGCUGGACAGAAGCCUUACAGGCGCCCUGAAAAGACCUGCAUUGCUGGGAGAGAUAAGUCCCCUAGAAUUGCAGUAUCAGUUAUGAAACAUGGAAGAACGAUAGACCCUGGUAGAAAAGGGCGUAUUGACAACAGAGAAACAGAACUUCCUACUUUUUGACAUGACAACGCAUCCCCUCACCAACAACAACAUUAAGCAGCGCCUCAUCAGGAAGGUCCAGGAAGCCGUUCUUGACAAGUGGGUGAAUGACCCUCACCGCAUGGACAAGCGCCUGCUGGCCCUCAUUUACCUAGCCCAUGCCUCAGACGUCCUGGAGAAUGCUUUCGCUCCCCUUCUGGAUGAGCAGUAUGACUUAGCCACCAAGAGAGUGCGGCAGCUCCUCGACUUGGAUCCCGAGGUGGAAAGUCUGAAGGCCAGCACCAACGAGGUCCUGUGGGCGGUGGUGGCCGCGUUCACCAAGUAACUCUGCUCAGAAUGGAGUGUUUUCCUUUCUCUAC